UGUUGGCGAUAGCACGGUGUACGGGUUCUAGAAGCUGCGAGUCGGAGUGAAGCUCUCAAGGGCGGGAGUCCGCAGACUAAACAAAUACCUGAGAUGCACGCUAACGCCCCCUCCAAAAGUUCCCCAGCUUCUUCCCUCGUCACUGCACCCCGACAAACAUGCCCUUCGCACAACUCGUCAUCGGGCCGCCGGGCUCUGGAAAGUCGACGUACUGCGAUGGAAUGCAACAGUUCAUGGGCGCAAUCGAGCGCAAGUGUUCCGUCGUCAACCUCGACCCCGCGAACGACCACACCUCAUACCAGCCCGCUCUAGACGUCCGAGACCUGGUCACAAUAGACGAGAUCAUGGAGCAGGAGACUCUGGGCCCAAACGGAGGGGUCUUGUUUGCGCUCGAGGAACUGGAGCACAACUUCGACUGGCUAGAAGAAGGCUUGAAGGAACUUGGAGACGACUAUGUCCUCUUCGACUGCCCCGGCCAGGUCGAACUCUUCACGCACCACGGCUCGCUGCGCAACAUCUUCUUCCGCCUACAAAAACUUGGGUAUCGACUCGUCGUCGUACACCUGACCGACUCCAUCAUUCUCUCGCGACCGUCGCUAUACGUUUCCUCUCUCCUACUCGCCCUACGCAGCAUGCUGCAGAUGGACCUGCCCCACUUGAACGUCCUCACAAAGAUCGACAACCUCCGAAACUACCCAAACCUGCCUUUCAACCUCGACUUUUACACUGAAGUCCAGGAUCUACAAUACCUCCUGCCGCACCUCAACCGCGAACAGACAUCUGGCAUUCCAGGCCCUACAACAGCUGGCACGAACGACGUAGACCCAGACGACGACGAGCCAACAUCAAAGUUCUCCGCGCUCAACAAGGCGAUCGUGGAGCUCGUUGAGGACUUUGCGCUGGUAGGGUUCGAGACACUGGCAGUAGAAGACAAGAAAAGCAUGAUGACGCUGCUACGGGCCAUCGAUCGUGCAGGCGGCUUUGCGAUGGGCGGCAUAGAAGGCGCAAACGACACAGUGUGGCAGAUGGCUAUGCGCGAGAACGGGGCGACUAUGGACGCCCGCGACGUGCAGGAAAGGUGGUUGGACAGGCGGGAUGAGCUGGAUGAAGAAGAGAGGAAGGCAUGGGAGGACGAGACCAAAGACAUGCGCGAUCCACCACCGCAGAACGCUCCUCAAGUAAUCCCCACAUCGAAGCCUCCAGCAAAGCCUCCAACAAAGCCCAAAAGCCAGGACAGCGACGACGACAUGGACGACCUGGAGGAGAUGCGACAGUUCAUGGAGAAGAAGAAUGACACCGGCAUCAAUGUUGUCAGAAAGUGAAGUAGGAUAUACUAGCAUAGUUGUCGCGACGACGGCAUGACCAAGCCUCUUUCGCUUGUAAUAGCAACGGGCGCUUUAACAUGAAGCGCAUAACAAUAAAACGCUUGACGCAGGGCCCUUUCUCUACAGAGUAUGGGUGCAGAAAGCAAGGAAACAGGAGCACCGCUAGUGGGGCAUAGGCAGUGACUGAGUCGAU